CUAACAGCAAAACGGGCAUCUGUGGAACAAGUCAGUUUCUGUACGAAGGAAGGUUCAUCGAAACGACACCCGUCGUCUCCAUCACAUAAUCUUAUAGACGUAUCAAUCUCUAAUUCUCAAUCCCUCCUCACCUGGGGUGUGUGUGAAAAAUGGGGAGUGUCAGUGGAGAAAAGCUUAGGUUUUGUAUUGACAGAGGGGGUACUUUCACCGAUGUUUACGCCGAGAUUCCCGGUCACUCCGAUGGUCGGGUCCUUAAACUUUUAUCGGUUGACCCUUCCAAUUACGACGAUGCUCCGAUUGAAGGAAUCAGGAGGAUUCUCGAGGAAUAUACGGGGCAGAAAAUCCCUCGAACUGUCAAAAUCCCAACUGAUAAAAUCGAGUGGAUAAGGAUGGGGACGACUGUGGCAACAAAUGCCCUUUUGGAAAGAAAAGGGGAAAGGAUUGCUUUGUGUGUUACUCGUGGUUUUAAGGACUUGUUACAGAUUGGUGAUCAAUCUCGUCCCCAUAUCUUUGACCUUUCUGCUGCUAAACCAUCUAAUCUUUAUGAACAAGUUAUUGAAGUUGAUGAGAGGGUUGAGUUAGUUCUUGACGAGGAAAAAGGGAAUGGAGAGAAAUCUGGGUCCUUUGUUAAAGGGGUUUCUGGUGAGCUUGUUAGGGUUGUCAAGUGUUUAGAUGAAGAAUCUUUGAAGCCUUUAUUGAAAGGUUUAUUGGAGAAAGGGAUUAGUUGUUUGGCUGUUGUGUUGAUGCAUUCCUACACUUACCCUUAUCAUGAAAUGGCUGUUGAGAAGUUGGCUAUGAGCUUGGGUUUUCGACAUGUUUCGUCGUCUUCAGCUUUGACUCCCAUGGUUCGUGCUGUUCCUCGAGGUUUAACAGCUAGUGUGGAUGCUUAUCUAACCCCUGUUGUGAAAGAGUACUUAUCAGGGUUCAUAUCUAGAUUCGAUGAAGGUCUUGCGAUGGUGAAUGUUCUGUUUAUGCAGUCGGAUGGAGGGCUUGCACCGGAAAGUCGAUUUUCGGGGCACAAGGCUGUUUUGUCUGGCCCUGCUGGGGGAGUUGUUGGCUAUUCACAGACUCUUUUCAGGCUUGAAACGGAGAAGCCUUUGAUUGGAUUUGACAUGGGUGGUACAUCAACCGAUGUGAGCCGUUAUGCUGGGAGUUAUGAACAAGUCCUAGAAACUAAAAUUGCUGGUGCUAUAAUACAAGCACCUCAGCUUGACAUAAACACUGUUGCUGCUGGUGGUGGAUCGAAGUUAAAGUUCCAAUUUGGAGCUUUCCGGGUUGGACCAGAGUCUGUGGGGGCUCAUCCUGGUCCUGUGUGUUAUAGGAAAGGUGGAGAAUUGGCAGUCACUGAUGCAAACCUGAUUCUUGGGUAUGUUGUUCCUGAUUAUUUCCCAGCAAUCUUUGGUCCGAAGGAAGAUCAGCCUUUAGAUGUCGAAGCAACCAGGGAAGAAUACAAGAAGCUAGCAGAGCAAAUAAAUUCUUAUAGGAAGAGCCAAGAUUCAUCUGCAAAGGACAUGACAGUGGAGGAGAUUGCACUGGGGUUUGUGAAUGUUGCCAAUGAGACCAUGUGCCGACCCAUACGUCAGUUAACUGAGAUGAAAGGCCAUGAAACAAGGAACCAUGCACUAGCUUGCUUCGGAGGUGCUGGGCCACAACAUGCCUGUGCCAUUGCUAGAUCACUAGGUAUGACAGAAGUACUUAUUCACCGGUUUUGUGGAAUCUUAAGUGCGUAUGGAAUGGGAUUGGCCGAUGUCGUAGAAGAGGCACAACUUCCUUAUGCCGCAGUUUAUGGUUCUGAAUCUGUUGUAGAGGCCUCUCGUCGAGAAGCUAUAUUGUUGAACCAGGUAAAGCAGAAGCUGCAAGAGCAAGGGUUCAGAGAGGAAAAUAUAAAGGCUGAGACAUAUCUAAAUUUGAGGUAUGAAGGUACAGAUACGGCAAUCAUGGUAAAGCGAUGUAUUGCUGAAGAUGGAUCUGGAUCUGACUAUGCUGAGGAAUUUGAGAAGCUUUUCCAGCAAGAAUACGGAUUUAAGCUACAGAAUAGAAAUAUCCUUGUUUGCGAUGUCAGGGUUCGUGGGAUAGGAGUUGCUAAUAUAUUGAAACCACAGACCCUAGAACCUGCUUCUGGUUCUCCCAAAAUCGAAGGCCACUACAAGGUCUUUUUCGGGAAUGGGUGGCAUGAUACACCAUUGUUCAAGCUUGAGAAUCUGGGAUAUGGGCAUGUUAUACCCGGCCCUGCGAUCAUCAUGAAUGGGAGUAGUACAGUGAUAGUAGAACCAAAAUGUAAAGCUAUUAUAACCAAAUAUGGAAACAUUAAGAUUGAAAUUGAGUCUAGUGUAAACACAGUGAAAGUUGCUGAAAAAGUUGCAGAUGUUGUGCAACUUUCUAUCUUCAAUCACAGAUUUAUGGGAAUAGCUGAACAGAUGGGACGGACAUUGCAGCGGACUUCUAUCUCGACAAAUAUCAAGGAAAGGCUAGACUUUUCUUGUGCUCUUUUUGGUCCAGAUGGAGGACUAGUUGCCAAUGCUCCUCAUGUUCCGGUGCAUCUCGGAGCUAUGUCCAGUACUGUUCGUUGGCAGCUUGAAUACUGGGGUGACAAAUUGAAUGAAGGAGAUGUCCUUGUCACUAAUCAUCCUUGUGCUGGAGGUAGUCAUCUUCCCGAUAUAACUGUGAUAACCCCAGUUUUCGAUAAUGGGAAACUAGUGUUUUUUGUGGCAAGUAGAGGGCAUCAUGCUGAGAUUGGGGGUGUUACACCUGGAAGCAUGCCACCUUUUUCGAAGUCCAUAUGGGAAGAAGGAGCUGCCAUAAAAGCAUUUAAACUAGUGGAAAAGGGGAUUUUCCAAGAAGAAGGAAUAAUAAAACUACUUAAGUUUCCAGAUGCUGUUGAACAUUCGCAAAAUAUCCCAGGAACAAGACGGCUUCAAGAUAACCUAUCAGACCUUAGAGCACAAGUGGCUGCUAACCAGAGAGGAAUUACUCUAAUUAAAGAACUUAUUGAGCAGUAUGGUUUAGAAACUGUUCAGGCUUAUAUGACUUAUGUGCAGCUUAAUGCAGAAGAAGCAGUAAGAGAGAUGCUCAAGGCAGUUGCUGCAAGAAUUUCCUCGGAAUCAACUAGGCUUGGCGAGAGAAACUCUAUAACGAUAGAAGAAGAGGAUUGCAUGGAUGACGGGUCUGUCAUUCAUUUAAAACUCACUAUUGAUUCUAACAAAGGGGAAGCAAGUUUUGAUUUUAGUGGAACCAGCCCCGAAGUUUACGGUAACUGGAACGCUCCAGAAGCUGUCACUGCUGCUGCAGUCAUAUACUGCCUUCGUUGUUUGGUCGAUGUUGAUAUUCCUCUUAAUCAAGGUUGUUUGGCUCCAGUUAAAAUCCAUGUACCGGCAGGAUCAUUUCUUUCUCCAAGUGAUAAAGCUGCUGUAGUAGGAGGCAAUGUUCUCACGUCUCAGAGAAUAACUGAUGUAGUAUUGACUGCAUUUCAGGCCUGUGCUUGUUCUCAGGGAUGUAUGAAUAAUCUUACCUUUGGGGACAAUACUUUCGGUUAUUAUGAAACAAUCGGAGGUGGGAGUGGGGCUGGUCCAACCUGGGAUGGAACAAGUGGAGUUCAGUGUCAUAUGACAAACACUCGAAUGACCGAUCCUGAAAUUUUCGAGCAGAGGUAUCCAGUAUUCUUGCACAAAUUUGGACUGAGAGAAAAUAGUGGAGGAGCAGGACAUCGCAAAGGGGGUAAUGGACUUGUGAGGGAAAUUGAGUUCAGGCGCCCAGUUGUGGUUAGCAUUCUUUCUGAGAGGCGAGUACAUGCACCUAGAGGGCUAAAAGGAGGAGCAAAUGGAGCUCGUGGAGCCAACUAUCUUAUAACAAAAGAUAAAAGACGAAUCUACCUUGGAGGCAAAAACACAGUGGAGGUGCAGGCUGGGGAAAUACUUCAGAUUUUAACACCCGGUGGUGGCGGCUGGGGCUCUUUGUCUUCUUCCCUUUGAUCAUUUACCGUCUUUAAAAACUGUUUUCAUGGUAACUUUGAUCACCAAGUUCGAAUUCUCUGUUGUAAUUCCAAAUGAUGAAAACCAUAAUAAAUAUGGGUUGGGAUCUGAGAUUGCCAUCUUGUGGCUUAAAAACCAAAUAAUUGUAAUGGAAUGAAAAUUUUCAAGUA